GUUUUCGUGUUGGGUUUCUUUAAUACACUUCUUAGCUUACAGGCGAUAUAAAAUCAGCAUAGCAUUCAGAUGCCCAAGUAGAACAAACCCCGAAACUAACCAAGGCAUCGCGAAGCGUAAUAGUCAAAUGGAAGAGUACGAGGUGUUAGAAAAAAUUGGAGAAGGUUCCUUCGGGAGAGUUUACAAAGCACGACACAGGCAUCUCAGAGGUUUAGUUGCCCUCAAAUUUAUACCUAAAAUUGGCAGGACAGAAACCGAACUCCAAAGCUUGAGAAAUGAAUUUGAAAUCCAAAAAGGCCUGAGACACCCAAAUAUUGUACAUGUGCUUGGCGCCUUUGAGACCUUUAAAGAAUUAGUUGUUAUCACUGAAUAUGUGGAAAGUGACUUAUACAAGUUGCUGGAAGAUGGAACACUGUGUGAAGACAAAAUGCGAAUGGUUGCAUGCCAACUACUAUCUGCCCUCUAUUACCUACAUUCAGAUAGAAUACUACAUCGGGAUAUUAAACCCCAAAACAUACUACUUACUUGUGAUGGCAUCAUCAAGCUCUGUGAUUUUGGUUUUGCAAGAUCCAUGGACCUCAACACUUAUGUAUUAACUUCUGUGAAGGGAACUCCACUCUACAUGGCUCCAGAGAUCAUAGAAGAGAAGCCAUAUGACCAUAACGCAGAUCUCUGGUCUUUAGGUUGUAUCUUGUAUGAACUUCUUGUGGGAUCACCUCCGUUUUGCACUACAUCUUUACUGCAGCUAAUUCGCAAAAUUCGUUACGAAACCGUGCCUUGGCCCACAAAUCUGAGCGCGGACUGUUUCAACCUCCUCCAAGGUCUCUUGGAGAAAGAUCCUCGCCGGAGGCUAACUUGGCCACACUUACUCGAGCAUCCUUUCCUGGAGAAUAAAGUCCUGCUGCCACCUGAGAAACUAAGACCUCAACUUCCUUUAACGACUGCCCUGACGGCCUCGCAAGAGCUAGCCAAAGAGAUUCAAAGACAAGAUCUAUCACAAAAGAUCCCUUUUAAAAACAAGGUUUUUACACGAGCCCUUCAAAGAUUAGAAGAGUACGAGAGACGUCGAAACAGCGCCCCGGUUUCUCAACCCAAGCAAGCAGUAGCCCUUCCCGCCGCCGCCUUCCAUAGCACACAGUUUAACCCGGCCUUUGGAGACUGGACGCGUCGACAAAGCGCUGUUACCGAUAUUCAUCAUGUGCCACCGGCAAUUGAUCCUCGCAUCACUGAGAGACAGCAACUGCUUGAGAAAAUUCUGGAAACAACCAGAUGGCGCACAAAACAAAAUGUGGCUGAUAUUGAUCCACUAGAUGCCGGUACGAAUCCCUAUAAUUUUAUCCUUAGCGAAAAAACAUUGCCUCUUUCACCAAGAGGCCAAAGUACUAUUCCGGAAAACGUUUCACCAAGCCAAGAGGCCAAAAUUGAGGCCAAGGAAACGACCGUAGAAGUCAGCGCUGCCACUGCCGCUGCCGGUCCUUUGCUUUCGAAAUCUCUAGAAAACGAAGAGUGGGAAGAGUUUCUAGAUGGAACGCUGUCGGACGCUAUAGAGAAUCCGCAAACGCUUGAGCAGAGGGAUUUGGUCGCCGUGGUUGUAGCUCCGUUGCGAAACGUGAACGCAAGCCCGAGUCUAGUUGAACGAAUUGCUACGCUGUUGGCCAUCCCAUGGGCCGGGAUUGACCGCGAAGAAACAGUCGACGAGGAGUUAAUCGUCCGUGCCUAUGCUGACACUCGCGUCGUACCAAACCUUUUGUACGCAUGCAAAGUCAUGAUUCAAAGGAGAUCUGGGGAUAACCGCAGCACAGGAAGCAUCGAUAGCAAGAAGACCGAUGCCGAAUUAACCGCCGACGAUCUCCAGUCCCUAGAAAUGUUGCUGGGCUUGAUGGCGCGUCUGGUACACCUUCGUACGACCGCAGAAUUCAUCAAUCAGUUCUGCGAUGCUGUUUGCGUGCUGGAUUGUGCGGCCGCCAUUCAUCACCUGUUGUCUGUCGAUCGGAGGAAAGCCCACGCAGUCGGGCACGUCUUGGCCAUCUUGUCGCACGUAUUGCGCACCAGAGCGGAGAACGUCAGCGUCGUCCAGGAUAUUCUCGCUCAAAGAGACACGAAUUUGGUGCGUCUGCUGUCCAACCGAAACCCGCUGAUUAGGUCCAGGUGUUGUACGCUUAUAGGGUACCUGUCUCUCAGGGGCACUGACAAGUUGAAAGAAUUGAGCAGACAGCUUGUCGUCGUUGAGCGCGUGGAGCAAUUGCUGGCCGACAGCGAUCCUCGUGUCCGGCAGAGCGCCACAUUUGCCUAUCGUUCGUUGAGCGGCCAUAAAAACCGGGCCGGAAAUUGAAUUGACGAGCCAUUCACGAAGUGGGCCAACACCCAAACCUAUCACUACGAGGAAAGAAGAAGGAAGAAACAAGACACUGAAGUUUUUCGCUGUCCAUUUCGUGACACACGACCAAUCUAGCAGCGAGAGAGGAUGGCUAUUACGUUUGAAUUGGCUGGAACUGGACAAAAGCAAAAUAGCAGCUCUCGUUAAAGGCUCAUUUACGCCGCAUAAGAGGUUCGCUUAACUAAACGCCCAUUUUCUAUUUUUUUUUUUUUUUUUUUUUUUUUUGCUUUUUCUCAACAGGAUUCUCAACUCCAAAAAUGAAUUGUGAAUUUAUUUUUCUCACGAUGGAAAAGUGCCUUUUAUUGCUUCACACUUCCAAUUAACGUUUUGAUCUCGUGGAAUAUAUCUGAUCUUUGUAUCGAACUCGCCCAAAAGCCGGACGCACACCCUGACGAAAUGGUAUAAACAAAAAUGACAAAAUAAAGGAGAGA